AUGUUUAAUUUUGAUAAAAAUUUUGAAGAAAAAUUUGCAGUAGCGAUUGAAACACCAUUAAAAAACAAUAUAUAUGAGUACUCAUGUAUGGAAAAUAUAAUAAACAAAAGCUCUAAAUGUUAUUUAAAUAAUUGCAACUUGAAAAAGCUAGAAGAAAAUUCAAAUAUAAGAUUAAUAGAAAAAUCAGAUACACAAUAUGAAAUAUCCAAUAGUUUAUAUAAAAAAUUUUUAGAGAAUUCGUAUAUGAAAAAAUGUGAUUUAACAGAUUUUGAUAAAAAAAAACAGGAUAUAUUAGAAAAGAAAAUAAAUGAAAUAUAUUACUGGGAAAAUAAAAUAAAAAAUUUAUCAAAAAAAAAAAAAAUAGCCAUUAAAAACAAAGUAAAGUCACAUUUAGAAUUAAUGAAAUAUAAUGAUAGUAGAAAAAAAUUAGAGAAAAUAGAAUAUUUAAAAAACAAUAAAAUAAAUGAGCAAUUAGCUAUUUUGGCUAGAGCUGAAUAUGCUAAAGAAGUCAUUGAAAGAAAUAUAAAAUCAAAAAAAAUAGUAAAAGAAGACAAUAUAAAUUUUGUGAUACUAAGUUUGGAAAACUUAAAAAAACACAUUGAAUACACUUAUCUAAAUAAAGAAAAGGAAAAAAAAAAUAAUUUUUUUUCUUUAUAA